ACUCGUUUGGAGUCACAAAAGACUGAUUGCUUUUUUGACACCACGGGCUGGAGACCAAGAACAGCACUACAGCAACAGAAAACAAAGAGGAAGAACAAUUCCAAAAAGAUGAUGGCUUUAUCCCUGUCUCCCCGUCCUGCACUGUUGUUCUUAGUAUUGAUGAGUUUGACUCUGAUGACCUCUGCCUUUCCCCAACCUCACCUUCGUCUUCUGGAAAGUAACAUGCCUGCUAUUGGUCGAGACGACUCCAAAGGUGAACAAUGGGAGUUACUCUACCCCUCCAUUUCACUUCGUGAUUGGAGCAUUCAGAUGUUGACUGCCCCAGAUUUUGGUACAGCAAAGGCUGGAACAGAACAGGUGGUUAGGGAUGAUUGGUUUCCGCUUAGCCAGUCACAGAUGGAGGAAGAGCUGGUCAAGAGCUGGAGGGGUGACUGGCCUUCACGAGUUAGUCACCAGCAGAAGAGGAACAUAGUGGUGGCAGAUGAUGCUGCAUUUAGAGAGAAGAGCAAGCUUUUGACAGCAAUGGAAAGACAGAAGUGGCUAAAUUCCUAUAUGCAGAAACUGUUAGUAGUUAAUUCAAAGUGAUUAUAAUAGUUAUUCUAUUGUUUAUUAUAUAAAAAAAGAGACAACAUAUAUACAAAUAAAGAAAAUAUCACAUUUUAUGUAGGAGUAAAAUAAGCUUUUGACCAUCAUUACAUGUGACAAUGUUACAAAGUUAAGAAACUAUUUUCAACAUUAUUUAAAAAAGAAAGAAUAUGUGCAGAUAAAGGUUGUCUUUUCGCUUUCUUUUCAGAUGAUUUUUUGAAUAAUCAAAAUACAUGAUAGGCAGUCUGUUGGUAAU